UACACAACCCUCAUAUAUAUAUAUAUAUAUAUAUAUAUAGAGUCACAGUUAUACACAGAGAGUCAAGUCACACAGUUGCACACACAAAUUCAUAUUCAAUUCGGAUUUUAGAGAGAUAAAGUUAGAUGGUUUCGAGUGGAGAUCGAUCGGAGAUAGCAUUCUUCGACGUGGAGACGAGCGUUCCGACCCGACCCGGACAGGGAUUCGCCAUUCUUGAAUUCGGAGCCAUCCUGGUCUGCCCCAAGAAGCUCGUUGAGUUGGAGAGCUACUCCACUCUGGUCCGACCCAUUGACCUCUCCCUCAUCUCGUCCUUGUCUGUCAGGUGCAAUGGCAUCACCAGAGACGCCGUCGUUUCCUCCCCAUCCUUCGGCGACAUCGCCGAUAGGGUUUACGAUAUUCUCCAAGGGAGGAUAUGGGCGGGUCACAAUAUAUUGAGGUUCGAUUGUGCUCGGAUUAGGGAGGCAUUUGCGGAGAUUAAUCGGAAGCCACCGGAGCCCAAGGGUACGAUUGAUUCGUUAGCUUUGUUGACUCAAAGAUUUGGAAGAAGAGCUGGUGAUAUGAAGAUGGCCACUCUUGCAACUUAUUUUGGGCUUGGACAACAAACACAUAGGAGUUUAGAUGAUGUCCGGAUGAAUCUCGAAGUUCUCAAGUACUGUGCGACAGUUUUAUUCUUGGAGUCGAGCCUUCCGGACAUAUUUACGGCAAACAGUUGGGUUUCUCCAAAUGCUACAACAAGAAGUCGUAGUAAUGGAAAAGCUUCUCUAGAAGGAACUGAGCUGAACAAAAAUACGCCCUCAUCGAGUGCUAAGGUGGAAAAUAAAAAAAUUAUAUCUCCUACAAAUCAAAGAGUGGUAGAAAAUCAUCCAAUAUUAUCACUUGUGACUCCUAACACUGGGGAAGAGGUUCUAAAUCUGGUUGAAUCCAAUACAUCUCGCCCAGACCCUUUUAACUUGGGCCCACUUAGCGAUGAAAUGGAUAGAGAGUCUCUUCAAUCUGAUGACUCCAUGGAAGAAGAAUCCAAUUCAGGGUCCCCUGAGUCAUCGACAGCAGUUGCAUCUGAGGGUUCAAUUGGCUGCAAUGACUUUUUAGAGCCUGACAAAGUUUCUGUACCAUCUAUCAUUGCGCGUCUUGUCCCAUUUUAUCGUGGAACUCAAAGGGUACAAAUACUUUAUAAAGAUGUAAUAUUGCAGGUUUUCUGUGCUGGUCUGAAAGUGCGCUUUGGAAUGAGUACAAAAUUUGUUGAUUAUGCUGGCCGGCCACGGUUUAGUUUUGUGGUUGAUGCUUCUCCAAGCCUAUGCCGAGUUUUGGACAAGUGUGACAAUCUAGCACAGAAGUCAUCUGGGGAUUCUGGCAGCAACUCUGAGUGGAGGCCUGUUGUGGCCAGAAAGGCUGGCUUCUUGAACUCACCAACUAUCCGAUUACACCUACCGACCGUGGCAGAUGGGGAUGUUACCAGGUGGAUCACAGAGAUAUAUCAGAAAGAAUCUUCCACCUCUGCACAAAAGCUUGUGUUUAGUAGAUUUGAUGUUGCAGAACUUGAUGCUUUGAUUGCUCCAGGAGCUCUUGUUGAUGCAUACUUCUCCAUAGAUACAUAUGACUACCAACAGAAUGCUGGCAUCAGAUUAGUAGCAAAAAAAUUGGUUGUUCAUUCCAGCUAAAUGAUGCCACCCAAACUUUGUAUUGACUGUUACCCUAGAGAUUCGACUUUUAUGUUUGUAACGUUGACAGAACCUGCCAUGGAUGGAUGACGAUUUAUUGAUUUGUUAUUGUAAGAUCUCUAUUUGUUGCGUUUA